GGCUUGUGCAUUUUGGGGGGUGCGACGUGGAAUUCAAGGGGGUUUCUUUUUUGUGUUGAUUUUGCCUCUUUUCUGUGGCAUCAUUUUUCUCCAGCAAAACGAUUAAAGAAGUACCUCUGGUGUGACUCCUACAUUCGCAAACAUUUUUUUAUUCCUCCAUUUAAUGGCGAUAUAGGCAUUUUUAUUUUUUCCCUAUUCGGCCACUUUCCCACGUGAAGUACACCAUGCGGCAUGUUUGCACGUAGCAUAUAGGCCUGUUUGCGUGGGGGUAUUUCUCCCCCCUGCGAUGGACACACCCGUUGCGUCUGCCCAUAGGACGUCGCGGAUGGGCAGCGCGGAAGCGCGGUGGUGCUGGGAUGGCUUUUUUUUUUUUUUCUUUUCGCGCGAUUUCCCUGUAGACAAAAAAUAAUCGCCGCAGUUUCCGUGCCUUCGUGUGAGGAGAGGCCUCUCGCGCGGGAAGAUUCUUCCAUCCCCAUUGAGCAUUUCCCUCCAAACGAGAAGCGGCUAAACGCAGCAUGCGAGGAUACACCCCUCCACACACAUCAUCAGUCGUGAUGUGCAGCGCUAUUUGCCCAACUUCUCACCAUGCAGGAAAACCAGGGGAUGAAUAACGGAGCGGAUGGGGAGACGACAACUCCGGAAGCGAGCGCGGAAGUAGUGGCAAACGCGCAAGUAGUGGCGCACGGGGUUAGUCACCCUGACGGUUGUGUCGAUUUGGCGAACGCGACCGUCCAAUACAGCGUGUACAGUUCGUGCCUGCUGCUGCUGUCCGGUCUUCAGCUGCACUUCAUGUGCGAAGAGAAAGGCACUCAGAAAAAAAAAAAAAAAAAAGCGGGACAUUCGAACGAGGCGUACCCAGAGAACGAAAAGGAUAAUUACAAUGAUCAGCAGAAGCAGACGCGGCUUCGUGGAAGGGCCUCUCCGAAUUGCCACUUCUUGCGUGACUACGAAAUGUACCGUGCAGAGCAGAAAAGGCCCCAACUGAACGACCAAGCGGCGUGUCCCAUACCGCUUUAUAAAAAAAGGUGACGCCCCUGAUUGGGGGUGGCCCCAAAAGAGU